CCUCAACAGCCAUUGCUCUCUCUGCUAGUAGACUCCGAUCCAUUAAUUAGCAUACCAUGGAGCAGCUCACGUACUACCUGUACCUCUUCUCGGCGCUCCUCCUCCCUCUCCUGCUUCUCAAGCUCACGAGGCGCGGCGACGACAGUGGCCUGAGGCUGCCGCCGGGCCCGUGGCGGCUGCCGGUCAUCGGCAGCCUCCACCACCUGCUCGGCAGCCCGCUGCCCCACCGCGCCAUGGCCGGCAUCGCGCGCCGGCUCGGCGCGCCGCUCAUCUACCUCCGGCUCGGGGAGGUCCCCGUGGUCGUGGCGUCGUCCCCGGACGCCGCGCGCGAGUUCAUGAAGACGCACGACGUCAGCUUCGCCACGCGCCCGUGGACGCCCACGAUGAGGGUCUUCGUGGAGGACGGGGAGGGCCUGGUGUUCGCGCGCUACGGCGCGCUGUGGCGGCAGCUCCGCAAGAUCAGCAUCCUGGAGCUGCUCAGCGCCCGCCGCGUCCACUCGUUCCGCGGCGUCCGGGAGGAGGAGGCCCGCCGCCUCGUGGCUGCCGUCGCCGCGGCCGGCGAGGGCGCCGCUGUCAACGUCAGCGAGCGGAUCGCCGUGCUCAUCACGGACACGGCGGUGCGCUCCAUGAUCGGCGACCGGUUCGAGAGGCGGGAGGAGUUCCUGGAGAACCUCGCGGAGGGGAUAAAGAUCACCUCCGGGUUCAACCUCUGCGACCUGUUCCCGUCGUCAAGGCUCGUCAGGCUUGUCAGUGGCACGGAACGCCGGGCGCAGGCAAAUCACCGCAGGAACUUCGAGCUCAUGGACUACGCCAUCAAGCAGCACGAGCAGCGGAGGGCGGCCAUGGUAGAAUCUGCAGAUGGCACCGUGGAAAAGGAGGACCUGGUGGACGUGCUCCUAAGGAUACAGAGGGAAGGUGGUCUCGAGGUGCCCCUCACCAUGGGAAUGAUCAAGGCCGUCAUCCUUGAUCUUUUCGGUGCCGGGAGCGAGACAUCGGCGAAUACACUCCAAUGGGCCAUGUCAGAGCUCGUAAGAAACCCAAACGUGAUGCAGAAGGCACAAGCCGAGGUGCGCGGAAAGCUUCAAGGCAAGCCAAUGGUGACCGAAGAUGACUUGGCCGACUUGAGGUACACGAAGCUCAUCAUCAAGGAGACCCUAAGGCUGCAUCCGGUGGUGCCGCUGCUCGUCCCAAGGGAGUGCCGGGAGCCAUGCAAGGUCAUGGGCUACGACGUCCCCAAGGGGACCACCGUGUUCGUGAACGUUUGGGCGAUCAACAGGGACCCCAGGUACUGGGACGACGCCGCGACGUUCAGGCCGGAGCGGUUCGAGGCUGGCACCGUCGACUUCAAGGGCACGGACUUCGAGUACACGCCGUUCGGGGCGGGGCGGAGGAUGUGCCCUGGCAUGGCGUUCGCGCAGGCGAGCAUGGAGCUCGUGCUCGCCGCGCUCCUGUACCACUUCGACUGGGAGCUGCCUGGUGGGAUGCCGCCGGACGAGUUGGACAUGGCGGAGGAGAUGGGCAUCACCGUCCGGAGGAAGCACGACCUUUACCUGCGUCCGGUUGUCCGUGUGCCACCACAUGUAACACCAUAGAUGUUCUAGAGAGUACAAUUCAUCACCCUCUCCGUGCUUUUCACGCUAAUUAAACUGCAGAGUGCGAGCUGGCUGUGACUUAACUAAGUACUUGCAACACGUUAUUUUGCUUUAA